AGCCAUGGAACCUUUCCAUCCCUUCCCUUAUUAAAGGGACACUGCCAGCAACGGAUGUUCCUGCUGUUUGAAGUAGUGUGAUGGGGGUCUGGGGGUGAGUCAGUGGGGAGGCAGGAGAGGUACCCUGUAGCUGAGCGAGGAAAGGAAAGAGGUGACGCCCUACAGGGGCUGUGGAUGGAGGCGUCUAACGCCUACAUCCUGGUAACAAUAAAGACUUGUCAGAGUUGGCUGCAGUGUGUUCCUUGUGCAGCCUCUGGAUCAGUGCAUGGUUCCAGCUGGUCUGGGUGGUGUCCCCAGUGGCUCAUUUCCCAAACCACCAUAGGCCCAGAUUGCUGCACAGCAGAAUGAGAGGAGUUCUGCAGUGGCUCCCUCGGACUCUAUUGAUUCAAACCAAACCAAACCAAUUGGGGUGUGAAUUUUUCACUGUUGAACGGCAUCCAACUCACAGCCUCUUCAGAGUCCUCUGUUUAUCCCCAGUGCACGGACAGAGGGCUGCCGUGGUGUGAGCUUACCCCACCGAUGUGCAGGCCUCUUCUGGAGGGACCAUCUCCAGCGAUUGAGCCCGUUACUCCUUGUCCUGCCUUCAGCCGGCAUGGAGACGAGGGCUCUAGAACAGCCCGUAAUGUACUGGAAGACCCUACAGUCUUUCAUCUUGUCACCAAGCAACUCCUGGUGCUGAGUUUGGGGCCGUCUGUGUCAGUUCCCCUUUAAGGAUUUUCUGCAGCCUGUCCCUUUAAGAGUGUGUCAGUUCCCUGCCUGACGUCACCUGCUGCUUCAGUGUUUACAGCCUGGGCUUGUUGCAUUCAGGAGGGACACAAAGUCUCCAGCUGCCCGCAGCCCCUCACCUUUGAGGUGCAGUGGCCAGGCAGAGGCCUGUCUGCAGUGGGCUGGCGGAGAGGACCCAGCCCUGGACAGAGAGGGCAGGAGAGAAGCUGCCAGCCUUGCUGCUCACUGGCUCCCAUUCAGGGAGUGUGUGGGGCAGCUCCCACUGCUGCAGUGGGGCUGGCGGCGCCAUGGGGCAGAGCGGCACGGAGGCCCUGUAGACUCUUCUCCUGGCUGUGAGCAGCCUGCGGGCUCCCCUGGCAGAGCUGUUGAUUCACAGGUGCUCCCGCCCGCACCCUUUGGCCAGGUGCGGCGUGGAAGAGGAGCGGGGCAAUGUUACCUGGGAUUGCCCAACCUAGGGUCUAAAGGGUGCUGACCCGGUGAUGCUGGAAGCUCCUGCUGCUGCCGCCUUAGCCCAGCCCCGGGAGACGCGCUGCCUGCCUGUGGGAUCAAGUCAUGUUGGCCCUGGAACUGCCCCUCGUCCUGCUGCUGCUGCUGGCUCUGCCGGGGGCUGGUGCUUUCCCCGAGGCCCUGGCUGCCAAGAACAUCUCCCAGAAGGAGGCCGAGUUUGACAAAAACUACACGGACUUUGUGAACAGCGAGCUACUGAACAUCUACACCUUCAACCACACCGUGAUGAGGAACAGGACGGAGGGCGUCCGGGUGACGGUGAACGUGCUGUCUGAGCAGAAGGAGACGCCAGUUCUCUUCGUGGUGAGGCAGAAGGAGGCGGUGGUGUCGUUUCAGGUGCCGCUGAUCCUCAGGGGCCUGUUCCAGAGGAAGUACCUGUACCAGAAUGUGAGCCGCACGCUGUGCCAGCCCCCGACCAAGAGCGAGUCGGAGACGCAGUUCUUCUACGUGGAUGUGUCGACGCUGUCUGCGAGGAACGCCUCCUACCAGCUGCGGGUCACCCGCGUGGAGAACUUCGUGCUGAGGACGAGCGAGCGGUUCAGCUUUAAUGCCACAGCAGCCCAGCCGCAGUAUUUUAAGUAUGUGUUCCCGGAGGGUGUGGACUCGGUGAUUGUGAAGGUGACCUCGCGCAUGGCCUUCCCCUGCUCCGUCAUCUCCGUCCAGGACAUCCUGUGCCCCGUCUAUGACCUGGACAACAACGUGGCCUUCAUUGGGAUGUACCAGACCAUGACCAAGAAGGCAGCCAUCACGGUGCAGAAGAAGGAUUUCCCCAGCAACAGCUUCUACGUCGUGGUGGUGGUGAAAACGGAAGACGAGGCCUGUGGAGGGCCCCUGCCUUACUACCCCCUCAGCAAAGAUGAACCAGUAGAUCAAGGCAGUCGGCAGAAGGCGCUGGACGUGAUGGUGUCACCUGCUAUUACCUCGGAGGUCUACGUCGGCGCCAUGCUCUUCUGCCUGGGGAUCUUCCUCUCCUUCUACCUGCUGACGCUGCUCAUCGCCUGCUGUGAGACCUGGAGACAACAGAAGAAGAGAAAAAGACUCCUGGCUGCCAUGGACACGCCCACCACAGACACAGCGUCUUUACUGGGGCAUCCGCGCAUCACCCCGGACUCCCUCCUGGGUCACCCUCCCUACCACGGCUACGGCUACGGCUCUUUGGAGAACAGUUCCACUCUGAGCACCGAGGGCAUCACCGAGAGCAUGGGCUCCACGGACAUCUCCUCUGGGUACACAGAGCGCUCCCUGGAGAACGUGGCCAGCCGGCCCCGCCUGGACUCCCUCAGCUCGGUGGAGGAGGACGAUUACGACACGCUGGCGGACAUAGACUCCGACAAGAACGUCAUCCGGACCAAGCAAUACCUCUACGUGGCAGACCUGGCCCGGAAGGACAAGCGCGUCCUGCGGAAGAAAUACCAGAUCUACUUCUGGAAUAUUGCCACCAUCGCUGUGUUCUACGCCCUCCCUGUCGUACAGCUGGUCAUCACCUACCAGACGGUGGUGAACGUGACAGGGAAUCAGGACAUUUGCUACUAUAACUUCCUGUGCGCCCACCCCCUGGGAAACCUCAGUGCUUUCAACAACAUCCUCAGCAAUCUGGGCUACGUGCUGCUGGGCCUGCUCUUCCUGCUCAUCAUCCUGCAGAGAGAGAUCAACUACAACCGGGCGCUGAUGCGCAACGACCUGCAGGCCCUGGAGUGUGGCAUCCCCAAGCACUUUGGCCUGUUCUACGCCAUGGGCACGGCGCUCAUGAUGGAGGGGCUGCUCAGCGCCUGCUACCACGUCUGCCCCAACUACACCAACUUCCAGUUCGACACUUCCUUCAUGUACAUGAUCGCGGGACUCUGCAUGCUGAAGCUGUAUCAGAAACGGCACCCGGACAUCAACGCCAGCGCGUACAGCGCCUACGCCUGCCUGGCCAUCGUCAUCUUCUUCUCUGUCAUCGGCGUGGUCUUUGGCAAAGGGAACAUGAUGUUCUGGAUUUUCUUCUCCAUCAUCCACAUCAUCGCCACCCUGCUGCUGAGCACGCAGCUCUACUACAUGGGCCGCUGGAAAUUCGACUCCGGGAUACCGCGCAGAAUCGUGCACGUGCUGUACACAGAUUGCAUCCGCCAGUGCAGUGGGCCCAUGUACGUGGAUCGAAUGGUGCUGCUGGUCAUGGGCAACAUCAUCAACUGGUCGCUCGCUGCCUACGGACUCAUCGUCCAACCCAACGACUUCGCCUCCUACCUGCUGGCCAUCGGCAUCUGCAACCUGCUGCUCUACUUCGCCUUCUACAUCAUCAUGAAGCUCCGAAGUGGCGAGCGCAUCAAGCUCAUCCCCCUGCUCUGCAUCAUUUUCACCUCCGUGGUGUGGGGCUUCGCCCUCUUCUUCUUCUUCCAGGGUCUGAGCACCUGGCAGAAAACGCCGGCCGAGUCCCGGCAGUACAACAGAGACUGCAUCCUGCUCAGCUUCUUUGAUGACCAUGACAUCUGGCACUUCCUCUCCUCCAUCGCCCUGUUUGGCUCCUUCCUCGUGUUGCUGACGCUGGAUGAUGACCUGGACUGCGUCCAACGGGACAAAAUCUAUGUCUUCUAGGCCCUUUCCCAUAACACCACCUGGCCUGUGGUUUGUUACUUGGGGCCUCCUGGAGGGGACUCCCCCCUGCCCGGGUGCUGCCUCCAGCCCUGGUCUCCAGUGUAGAGGAGGCUUGUGGUGGGCAGCUCACGAGGACAUGGCAAAGCGUCCCAGGCGUGGGGGCUUCUCCGGAGGUGGGACUCGUGUUCAUGCCCCCCCCGCCCGCCUGCCUCCUGUGUGCCAGGGUGUCGUCCAACCCUCAGACGGCGCCUUGCCGAGCUGAACACGUCACCUCCUCGCUUGAGCUGCUCCAGGGGCUGCAGGGCAGGACCAACGCACCCACCUGCCGCCACGUGGCUUUCAGAGAGGGGUGGGGAUGGUGCGAGGCCUGGUCAGCCUCAGCAGAAGCCAUUGUCCCUUGCCUUGCUGGGGCUACUGGUACUGCAGCGUUGUGGCGGGUGGCUCCAGGUUCCCAGCCUGGUAAGUGGUGGGUUCUCACUGCACUGCCAUUCUCCCAUCUCUGUCCCCACCACCGUGCCAUGCCAAGACCUAACAGGCCUGGCUCCUCCUCAGGCAGCCAGCUUCCCCUGUAGCUCCGGGGGCAGGGAACCUCUCAGAGCAAACAGCAGGCAAGUUAGAAAACACUCCCUCUGCCUGACAUUCGCAUUGACCGAGUACUGGCCAGGGCACUGGGGGAGGAUAUCCAGCCCUCUCCCAUUCCCCCAGUGAAAGCUGCCUGGUGCACAGCCCAGGGCCUGGCCCGCUCAACUGUGCAGUUCAGUCGGUCUCCCCAUAGGCUGCUACCGAGCUGGGCAGCUCCUCUGAGGCCUGGCUGUUCAGCGAGAGCACCCGUCCGUGGCAUACGUGUCCCUGUCUAGGCUGAGAACAGGCCCUUCCUCUCUGCAGGCUCACUGGGGCCCCCCCGCCUCCCAUCACCCCCACCCGUCGUCCGGUCCACGGGAGGGAGCCACUGCCCCCACCAGUCUGUAUGGCCUCCCUGCGGACAGAGCAGGGGCCAGCGGAAGCCCUCCAUGACCCUACAGCAGGCUCUGAGGGAUGGGAACAGUGCAAAGGUGAUGGUGAAAGAUGGGGCUCUCGCUGUCAUUCCAGCACUGUUCUCCCCAGCCUCACGAGCUGCGAGGUAGACCCAGAAGGGAGCCACCACCCCUGCUGUCUUCACUGGUGUUCUGUGUCCUCCCCUCGACCCGGCCUAUAACCAGUGUUACAGACCAUGGGCCCCUCUGCCCAACAGCCGGGAGAUGGGCUGUCUGGUCUCCAAGGAACGUGACUCUUGUAAAGGUGCUGCUGCUGCUAUCGUUCUUACAACUGUGGCCUUUCCUGAGGAGGAAGGGGCUGUUCACACCACUUGCCAAUGUGAGGCCGUCCCAUGGGUGCAGCACGUCCAAACUGUCCCCCAGGCAGAGGCUCCUCCGCGAGGCGGGAGAGCAGCCGGGGGCAGUUGCAUCUCGGUUCUAGAAGCACAUGGGCGCAUGACUCUCUUCAGUGCCUAAUUUUUAUUAUUUAAGUUUUUGAAGGGGGAUGUAUGUCCAGUCUAACUGUGUCUAGUUCCUCCCACUGCUAAGGACUUGUGCGGUCUUGGACUCCCACUGGCUAAUGUGUACUGAAGGUGGGGUGUCAAAACACACACCUGUGUCAAGGUUGUCAUUAAGCAACUUUCUCCGGUAGCCCGCUGGCUGUUUACAUUGCAAGUUUGAGCUUGUAUUCUCACCUUAGAAUUGUUUGGGUUUAGGCUCAAAUUUGGAUCCACUCCAGGACUCUGUCCUCUUUGUUCUGGCCACAUAACAUAUCAGAUGGUUCUGUGGUGCAUGGCCCAGGGGUGCCUUGGUUACACAACAAAAGGCUAAGAAUGGUGCUUUCUCAGUCAUCACAGAGGAAGACACCCUCUUCCACUCCAGAAGAAGGGUCGUGGUGCUGGAAUGUCCAUAGUUUUCCAGUUUCUUGAAUGCAUUGACAAUAUUUUGACUUUCCAGGUACACUGUUACUAAGCCAAGUUGCACCAUGUUUUCUAAGAAUGGUUGGGCCAUCAAAUGAAGAGAAUUAAAUGAUAAAGUUAAUCUGCACUUUACUCACUAGGCUCCUGCCUCCUUGCUCCAGGAAGGCAGGUACCCCCAUGUUAGCAACUCAACCUCAGGCCUAGCAUGGUCUGACCUUCCCCUUCCAUCUGCAAUGGACCCAACUUCCACAUGUGUUGAUGGCUGGCCUCCAUUAACCCCUGUGCUGCAACCCUCACCCUGACCAGCGACAUGAGACAGCAAGGCCCCGAGAGACCCAGCUCCAGCCCCGUCUCCUGACAGCGAGCCUUCAGCUAGGAGUGGCUGCAGGGUAUUGGAGUGAAGGGGGAGUAGGGAGAGUUCUGCCCCUUGCUCGGGUUUGGGGGGAGCCCUUUCUCCCUGCCCUGCUGAAGGGAACAGACUGUGUGUGUGCGGGGGUGGGGGUUGUAGUUCAGGGGAAGGGAAGCCCGUUUCAGCUCUCUGCAGGAGACAAAGCCGAGCGUUCCCCCAGCUGCAUCAGCCUGUGCAUGUGCCUACCCCACUGGCUGUCCCCCCGGCCCAUGGACCCACGACUGGCUGCAGUCCACCCCCCUGGGCCUGCCUACACCAAAGUUGGAGAUUUUAACCUCCCCAGCCUAGUUCCAGCCCCGGGUGUGGGGGACAGUUCUCACAGGGGAUGGCUGCCGCCAACUGGCCUAGCGGUUUCUUUG